AAGAUAGAACUGGUAGAUGGCUGUACAGUAUUCAAAGAAAAGUUGGUGCAAUGAGGAGAACAGGACGAAAUAGAAAGGAGGAAACAGUUAUAUCUAGGUUGCGUUUUGGACAUACAAGGUUAAACAGUAAUUUAUUUAAAAUAGGAAAACAUCAAAAUGGAAGUUGUGAUUUUUGUGGUCAAGAAGAGACGGUAAAACAUGUUUUGUUGUUCUGUACAAAAUAUUCUGUUGAGAGAAGGAAAUUAGUUAGUCGGUUACAAGAAAAUAAAAUACAGUUAAAUUUACAAGAUAUUUUAGGAAAAAUUUCUACUUCUAAAGAUAUAAGUUAUUUAAUUAAUUAUCUCAAGAAAACAAAAUUGAUAGAAAAGAUAUAAGUUGUUUUUUGUUUUGCUUUGAGGGGGUGUUUAAAGUUAGCGUCCCGAUCCACACUCCAUUCCAGUAGAUGGCGGUAAUGCACAUCUAAAAGUUGCUUGCCAACCGCCAUAAAAAAGAAGAAGAAGAAGAAACGCCGGGUCUUUUUUAAAAUCUUUGCUUACUUUUGAAAGUUAGUAUGUUAAACACAAUGCGUUAACGUAGACAGACGACUGGCACACUUUUGAAUAGUUUAAUUGGUUAAACGUUUGCCGGCACCACCUUUGAGCUGUUAUUAUUCUGGACUACCAACGGUCCCGCUGAGAGACGGUUUCCGGCUUCAUACAUUUCUACGUGGGCUUUUCUUCUUCGGUCUGGUGAUGUUGUCCAUGAAGAAAAUGGCCCCGUCCAAGCCAUCAAAGCAGAGGUCCACCGUGGCAUCCAAGAUCAAAAACAAAAUGCUCAAUACCUCCUCCUUCUUGAAGGUCUCCCUGAAGACCAACAACAAGGCCCUGGCGCUUGCUCUGCAGGCCCAGAAGGAGAAGAGCAGGCAGCUGGAGAUGGAGGUGGUGCACCUGCAGAAACAGGUAGAAGCUCUCUGCUUCGAGCUGGCUGUCAAGAAAUACAAGCAAAGAAAGCUGCUACUCAUCUUGAAAGAGCACCACAGUAACACUCUGCAGCAUCUAGACAUGGUGGCAGAACUACUCUCUCACAACGAUUCUUCAAGACUGCCAGAGAGCUGCAACGCCUUAACUCGUGAAAACAGGGAGAAUGUUGCACCAACAUGGCAUAACGAUCAGUUAGUGCCGCAGCCUGAAAAUUCAAGGAACCUCUUCUGCCCCAACCAAAACGUUGAAGCAACAACAGAUCUGCCUGAAAGAAGCACUACUGAGGAUGUGUUUGGAGUCCUAACCAGAUGCAGCAAAACCCCUGACAUUUAUCAUGAAAACGCAGAGGAAAGGCGUUUGAGCCAACGUGUACAAUUUUGUAACAAUGUAACGUUUUGCCCUUCCGGCAGCAGUCUGAGGAAUGAAGUAAAGCAGCUGUCGAGGGCAUUCUCCCAGUCCGGCUCUGAAAUAAACUCUGUCCUCCAUCCUCAGAACAAGCAAACGGAUGAAAACGCCAUGCCCCCCUUUUCUAGCGACGUUAACGCUUUAAGUGUCUCUGCUUUGGAAACAGAGCCUCAAUUAAAACAAACAGACCACACUGUGCUUCUCAAUACAUCGAUGGAGAUAACCCAGACUAACGCUGUUGAAAUUGACGCUGUGGAAAGCAAAGUCAAGAAAAAAGCUCAUUCCUGCAAGCCGAAAGUCGCAAAAAGUCCGCAGGCAGACGGUGGUUCCAGUGCAGAUGUUCCAAAUGGUUUAGAUCAGAGGCCAAAAAAGGGACCUGCUGAAAUUUCCACACAAACAGUUCAACAACCACCACAAGAAAAAGUUCUUGACCCUCAGCUUCCCAGAACACUCAGCAAGAAUGUGAAAACAUCUCGUAUUCCUAAACGGGACAUUCAUCCGAAGGCACCCGAGAGCAACGCUGACCGCUGUGACAGCGCCUCACAGGGAUUAGACGAUUAUUUUUCUGAUCCUCAAGCGAUUUCUUUGAAACCUGUUGGCAAUGAACCGAAAGUUUACAGAAGGUCUGAAACUAAAGUUAGAAGGCGCGCUGCGGUCAUUCAAAAUGUCCCAUCAGCUGCAGUCCUUUUACUGUCUUGUGAUGAUGAAAUCUGCGAGUCCAGACUGGAGAAGAUCCUGAACAAAGAGGAAGUAGAGAACGUAGAGCCCCGCCCACCAGAUGGCUCCACGUUCUAUCCAGAGGAGGCGGCACAUUCAGAGUCUGUGGAAAAUCAGCUUUCUGAAGAUGGGAGGAAAACGCAGAACAAACCAACAUGCAGUAACUCACCAGAUCUGGACCAGGACCCUAGUCUAACUGCAGAGCCCCACUGCAAGGCCGAGGAGUUACCAGAUGCUGUGGCUCCAAGUGCUGGCAAACAACCCUCACAUUCAGAUCUGCACCCAAAAACCUGCGGGUCUUCAAAGCGUCCUCUGGUGGAAACCUCAGAACACAAUCUGCAAGUCCUGCCAGCGGGUCAACACGAUUGCUUAGGCUCAGAGUAUCACAAGCACAAAAAAUCCAGAAGAGAAGAAGCAAAGGGAUCCAGAAAAAAGAAGACGUUGCUCGAGAAGUUGGCUGACGAUUCAGACACCAGGCAAAAGAAAAAGACGGACAACAGUAACAACAAGGUUUCAUCUGAAAAUGAAGCUGGUCUGUAUCAAGCGUGCAGAGACGAGGCGCCUGUCUGCAGCAUUUAUGGUCCCAAGGCCAGACGAGUUGGCAGAGAUGAUCUUCAGCCGCUGCACAGCCAGGCCAGUCGUGACAUUUGUGAAAUUGUGCAUGAUCCAAAAGCCUCCAAAGCCAGGGAAGAUCCGAAACCACACAGGAAGACAAAGGUGUGCACAGUGAGUGAAACAAGGAAGCAUAAGGAGAAGUGUGUCCCCCUCAGACCGUCAAUUUGGGACAAAAGCAAGAGUGUUUCUCCUAAUGGCACAAGGACGUCCAUCACUAGUGAUGAGACAGCUCAUCAGAAUGUUGGAGAUUUACUUCUGGAUGUACCGCUGCCAUGGAUGGUUGGAGACCUCAGCACUGGGGAAACUGAAUCCAACUCUCUUCCCAGCUCUCCUACCAGGAGCACGUCACCCAGGCUGGCAGUGACUGAGGAUGCAAGUAAAGCCUCACCAGCAGGAAGAGUCCUAACAAUGGCUACAAACAACUUUACAAGCCCAGACAAGGAGAACGUCGGGAGAGGCAGGAGAAGAAACUGUUUUGUUGACUACAAGGAGCCGCCACUGAACAGUUCGCUCUGUGCUCUGGAUUACUCACCGGCCGCUUCUCCGAGCGCUGAAGUCUCAAGCCAAGUUCCUGAAUCCUCACCACUCAGAUUUUGCUCUGGCAUUCCCCUCGAGCCCCCUUGGUCUUACCAAGCCGGACAAGAGUUCCCCCUUCCUGGAUUCACCCUGGUUCCUUCGGCUGCUUUCUGUUUCCUGCUUCCUGCUGUGGUGCUUCUCGGGCUCCCCGCCUUUGUUCCUCCUGCUGGCUUACCUGUCUCUCGGUCACCUAGUUCUACCAAGAGAAGGAGCUUUACUGAGUCCGUACUGAGUCUUUACUCAUACCUGGCGGUAAGCAUCACGCCACAGAUCUAGAUUCCUGCACUUGCCCACGUUUAAUCUGUUCCUUUUUCCCCACAAUGUUUUGAUCCCGACGUCUUGAUCCUUCGGCUGCUCAUUCUAUGAGCAUAACAUCUCCAUGUACCCCUGAGUUUUCAAUAAACACCAUCAACUGCUUUUUGUCUGCUGAUGACACUCAGCUAUAUUUAUCCAUAAAUCCU